UAAUUUUGGUGGUCUGCCACCGUCUCUCCAGUCCUCUCCUCGUCAUAAUUUGAAGCAAUUAGUACUUCUCUGCUCACAACCGUACUGAACUGAUUCAAGUGGCUCACUGCUAUAGCUCGCUAGCUCAUCAGAAGCAAAUCGGCAGAGCUAGCUAGAAUAAUCUACUCGAGAUGUUUAGAGCAAUGGCGCACCGCCUUCUUCUGAGGGGUAAGAUGAGCGUCGGCCUCGCUCGCUUCUCCGCGGCCCCGAGUUCCCAGAGGCUGGCCGGGAAGGUGGCCGUCAUCACCGGCGCCGCCAGCGGCAUGGGCAAGGCGACCGCUGCGGAGUUCGUCAGGAACGGCGCCAAGGUCAUCCUCACUGACAUUCAGGACGACCUCGGCCACGCCGUGGCCACCGAGCUCGGCCCCAACGCCUCCUACGCCCGCUGCGACGUCACGGACGAGGCGCAGAUCGCCGCGGCCGUCGACCUCGCGGUGGCGCGCCACGGCAAACUCGACAUCCUGCACAACCACGCUGGGGUCGCCGGGAGGAUGACCAUGGACUCCGUCGCGUCCCUCGACCUCGCCGACUUCGACCGCACCAUGGCGGCCAACGCCCAGUCCGCCGUCGCCGGGAUCAAGCACGCGGCGCGCGUGAUGGAGCCGCGCCGGAGCGGGUGCAUCAUCUGCACGGCGAGCACGGCGGGGGUACUAGGCGGCGUGAACCCCGCGUACUGCAUCUCCAAGGCCGCCGUGAUCGGCGCCGUUCGGGCGUUGGCCCGGGAGCUGGGGAGGCACGGCGUGCGCGUGAACGCCAUCUCGCCGCAUGGCGUCGCGACGCCGUUCGGGCUGCGCGGGCUGGCGGAGCUGCUCCCGGAGGCGAGCGAGGAGGAGCUGAGGCGAAUGGUGGAGGCGGGCAUGAACGAGAUGGGCGGGGCGGUUCUGGAGGUGGAGGACAUCGCGCGGGCGGCCGUGUACCUGGCGUCCGAGGAGGCCAGGUACGUCAACGGGCACAACCUCGUCGUCGACGGCGGGUUUACCGUGGGGAAACUGAUUCACAUGCCCGAUCCGGUGAGGAGUGAGUGACAGGCAUGGCAUGGGCAUGACAGUAAUAAAGAUGAGGAUAAACAUCAAGCGUACUGAGCUGGUACCCAUCUUCCACAGCAUGCGCAAUAAAUUCAGGAAAAAUAAUGGAUUCCACCGAGUGAUUUAGGGUGCAUGUGCGUGAUGUCACAUAGGAUAAAUCCUAAGGUGGAGCAAAGAGAAAUCAUAAGAAAAAAAAAUACCUUCUUUUAUUUAAGAGAUGAUCUAUUUUUAGAAAUAGCUAGUUAUUGAAGAUAAGACUAAGAGAUAACCCAUUAUAGGCUUGUACUUAUUGUCAUAUCUGAAUUACAUGUAAGUUUUAAGAUAGAAUGGCCUUAUCAACCAUUGUACAUGCCCUUAGAUCUUAAUACGCGAGUGCAUGUGUGUUG